AGAAAUUUCAUAAAACGUCUGGCUUACUGAACAAACUCUAGGCCUAGCUUCUUGUACUUGGCUUGCAUACAUCUUCUGCUCGGCCCUCCAAAGAACUGAAAAGAAGAGAGACUGAUUUCUUUGUGGAAAAACAUGGAGAAGACUGAGAAGGCUAGUACUGCGACUACUACCGAUGAACCGAAGAUUAACUAUAGAGGAAUUAAAGCCAUGCCCUUUGUCAUAGGGAAUGAAAUUUUUGAGAAGUUGGGGACUACUGGCACCGCAACCAACCUUUUGGUCUAUCUCACUACUGUCUUCAACAUGAAAAGUAUCACUGCUACAAAUCUUGUUAACGUUUUCAAUGGUACCUGCAGCUUCGCUACCUUGAUAGGUGCAUUCCUCUCUGAUACUUAUUUCGGCCGGUACAAGACGUUGGGAUUUGCUUCCGUAGCCUCUUUACUGGGAAUGCUUCUAGUUACACUAACAGCAGCUGUCUCAAAGUUGCAUCCUCCAGCCUGUGACUCCAGUGGAACUGCAGCAUGUCCUGGGCCAACACCAUGGCAAAUGGCUUUUCUGUUGAGUGGUCUAGGACUUUUGGUAGUUGGGGCUGGUGGCAUCAGACCAUGUAACCUGGCCUUUGGAGCAGACCAAUUCAAUCCUGAAACAGAUUCCGGAAAGAGGGGAACAAGCAGCUUCUUCAAUUGGUACUACUUCACCUUCACCUUCGCCAUGAUGGUAUCUUUGACAGUUAUCGUCUUCGUGCAAACGGAUGUGAGCUGGGCUUGGGGUUUAGGCAUUCCUGCGUUUAUGAUGUUCUUAUCAUGCGUGAUGUUCUUCAUUGGUACAAGGAUUUAUGUGAAAGUGAGGCCCGAAGGUAGUCCAAUAACAAGUGUGAUUCAAGUCAUAGUUGCGGCUGUUCGGAAGAGGCAAUUGAAGCAGCCAGAGCAACCAUGGGUCUCCCUUUUUAACCAUAUUCCAAAAAGUUCUAUCAACUCCAAGCUUUCUUACUCUGAUCAAUUAAGGUUCCUAAACAAAGCCGCAAUACUGACCCCUGAGGACGAAAUCAACUCGGAUGGAUCAGCAGCCAAUCCAUGGAAGCUAUGCAGUUUGCAGAAGGUAGAGGAAAUAAAGUGCGUGAUCAGAGUUGUUCCCAUAUGGGCAGCAGGAAUCAUAUACUACGUGGCCAUGGUCCAACAGCAAAUAUAUGUAGUCUUCCAAGCCCUUCAAUCUAACAGACUUCUUGGCAAUACAGGUUUCAACAUUCCUGCUGCAUCAUAUGGCAUCUUCAUGAUGAUUGGCCUUACUGUCUGGAUACCUAUCUACGACCGUAUCAUUGUUCCCUGGCUCCAAAGGUACACCAAAAAGGAAGGAGGAAUCACGCUCCUCCAAAAGAUGGGCAUUGGCAUGGUUCUGGCCAUAGUCACCAUGCUUUUAUCCGCCAUCGUUGAGGACAGGAGAAGAGCCUUUGCUCUCAGUAAGCCAAUUGGCAUAGAUUCGAGAAGACGAGCAAUUUCUUCCCUGUCAGCGAUGUGGUAUAUUCCUCAGCUGACUUUAAUAGGACUUUCCGAGGCAUUUACCUUAAUUGCCCUAAUGGAAUUCUACUACAAGCAGUUUCCUGAAAACAUGAGAAGUAUUGCCGGGUCUUUUACUCAUAUUGGCUUAGCACUAGCUAAUUAUCUGAACAGUAUCUUGAUAUCAAUAGUUCAUAAGAUCACGAAAGGGGCUCCAACUGGGGACUGGUUGCCUGAGGACCUUAACAAGGGGAAGUUAGACUACAUUUACUACUUGGUUGCCGCAUUAGAAGUCCUGAAUUUAGGAUAUUUUAUAAUGUGUGCCAAGUGGUACAAGUACAAAGAAAGUGUUAGCACUACUACUGAAGUUGGUAUGGAAGACUUGCAGAUGGGAAAACCUGCUGUUUCAAUUCAAACAUAAGACCUUGCAAUGCUACAUAACCUGAAAGAGUUACGUCACACUUGCUCUUGUUUCAACAGUUCCACCAGUACAAGACAUGAGAGCUAACUCUCAGCAGUAGGUUCUUUUUUUUUUUUUUUGUGGGUUUAAAACUAUGCACUGUUGCAUGAUACAAUUAAAAAUUGAUAUAGAACUGAAUCCUUGGAAGAGGGGAGAUUAUUCAACUUUCCAGCAUUUUAUAGUAUCAUUUUCUUAUGCUAAAGAUGAAGUUAGAAGCUAUAGUUGUAGUUGAAA